GCGGCGGCGGCGGCCAUGGCGGUCUGCGCGCGGCUGUGCGGGGUGGGCCCGGCGCGGGGCUGCCGGCGGCGGGGCUCGCAGCGCAAGGGGGCGGCCGGCGACAGCAGCGAGCCGGACACCGACCCCGAGGAGGGCGGCGGCGGCGGCGGCGGGGCGGCGGCGGGCGAGCCCGGCGAGGGGGCGGCCCGGGGCGGCCCGAGCGCCGGCCGAGCCCCGCUCUCGCUGCUCGAGCUGCCGCCGGAGCUGCUGGUGCAGAUCUUCGGCUCCCUGCCCGGCACCGACCUGCCCAGCCUGGCGCUCGUCUGCGGCGCCUUCCGGCGCAUCCUGCGCACCGACACCAUCUGGCGCCGGCGCUGCAAGGAGGAAUACGGCGUCUGUGAGAACCUGCGGAAGCUGGAAAUCACUGGGGUGUCCUGUCGAGAUGUAUACGCCAAGCGUAUAAACCCACGAGUGAAGUCGGGGCGUUUUAUGAAAAUUCUUCCUGACUACGAGCACAUGGAAUACAGGGAUGUUUACACCUGCCUGCUUCACCGGUACCGGCAUAUCUUGGGGCUCUGGCAACCAGACAUUGGACCAUAUGGGGGUCUCCUAAAUGUGGUGGUGGAUGGCUUGUUCAUCAUUGGAUGGAUGUACUUGACCCCCCACGACCCCCAUGUGGAUGGCCCCAUGCGAUUCAAGCCCCUCUUUAGGGUCCACCUAAUGGAGAGGCGGAGUGCCACGGUCGAGUGUAUGUACGGGCACAAGGGACCCCACAGCGGGCAUAUCCAGAUCGUGAAGAAGGAUGAGUUUUCGACCAAGUGCAACCAGACAGAUCACCACCGUAUGUCAGGAGGGAGGCAAGAGGAGUUCCGGACAUGGCUUCGAGAAGAAUGGGGCCGGACGCUGGAAGACAUCUUCCAUGAACACAUGCAGGAGCUCAUCUUGAUGAAGUUCAUCUACACAAGUCAAUACGACAACUGCUUGACAUACCGACGCAUUUACCUCCCUCCGCGCAGUCCAGAGUAUCUCAUCCAGCCUGGCCUUUUCAAAGGGACGUACGGGAGCCACGGCCUUGAAAUCGUCAUGCUCAGCUUCCAUGGGAAAAAGGCCAAGGGCACUAAAAUCACGGGCGACCCCAACAUCCCAGCCGGCCAGCAGACCGUUGAGAUUGACUUGGCCCACCCCAUCCAGCUGCCCGACAUCGAAAACCUGAGCAACUUCAGCGAGCUCUCCCGGAUCGUCCUGGAGGUGCGCGAACAGGUGCGGCGGGAGCAGCGGCAGCAGGAAGAAGGCUCGCAAGAGGAGACGGUGCCGGGCGCCGAGGGCCAGCAGCAGGACGGGGCUGGGUCAGAGGCCCCUGGAGCGGCGGAAGAAGCAGCGGCCUCUGGCUCCCCACCCUCCCCCUGUCCCUUUGUCCUGCCGGGCGGGAUUGCGUCCCGAAACGAGGAUUAUCCCCGCACCUGCCGAGCAUGCUUCUAUGGGACCGGCCUCAUCGCAGGCCACGGCUUCACCAGCCCCGAGCGGACGCCUGGCGUCUUCAUCUUGUUUGACGACGACCGUUUUGGCUUCAUCUGGCUGGAGCUGCAGUCUUUCAGCCUCUACAGUCGGAUCAAGGUCUCCUUCCAGAACGCCGAGGCGCCGUCGCAGGAGGCUUUUGACGAGAUGCUGAAGAACAUUCAGUUGCUGACGUCAUGAUGGUGGCCACCCAGAAACCCGAGGAAGGAAGGCUCCCCUUCUCCCUUCGCUGGGGACUGGGCGCCCGACCUCAGCGUGAGGGACCGCGUGUCCUUUUCCAUCAGGCCUUUUUAUCAAAUGAUACUCACUUUCUCCUUAGUGCGCUAACGCCCCUUGCCCAAUAUGUGAUGUAUAGUUUGUAAUAUAGCUUUAUAUAUUGGGAGGGCAGCUUGCAUGCUUGUGCUUUCAUUCCCCACCCACCCACCCACCGGAAGUUUGGGGCCUGAGUUGGUGCAAACACGUCCAGCCUCUUGCAGACCGUGUAAACAGUCUCACAGCAGUUGUAAGGCUUGUGAGAAUACCAGCCGCAACCGCUUGACCGUUCCCCCUGGGUGAGCAAGAUGACUCCGUGGCUUCGGGUUUCUUUUCGGAAUGUGCUCUUCUCACCUCAAAACCCUGUUUGGCCUGGACUUUUUGUUAAAUAGGAUUGGGCUGCUAACAAUCUUGAGAUUCAGAAGUUGUUCAACCCGGCUGCCCCAGAAAGCUUUUCUUAAAAGGUGACCAUAAACAGA